AUGGCUACUAUCGUCAAUUCCAUUGCAACUGCCGCCAAAUCUUUGCCCUCAAGUGUUCCGAUCGGCAACGAGAACGACAAAAUCUACAUCAUCAUGACCAAAACCCAUGGCGACACUGCUUGGGAAACCUUCAAUCGGCGGUUCGACAUCCUCUUUGGAGAGGAUUGUCGUGACCCAGUGACCGGGCGUCUUCAUCACCUCCGUCGUGGGGCGUGCGGGCUCGAUAUGGUCAUCAAGGACAUUCGCGUGCUCCUUGCUCGAUAUGAAGCCGAGCUUCAGUACAAUGUGAUGCGCAUCAAGCUGAAGAGACUACUCACCGAGGUCGCCCACCUGAGGUACGUCGUUCUGCACAUCCGGAUUCCGAUUGUAUUGCCAAUUGAAACUCUUCGAAGUGGAGUUCCGGUCGAGUCGCUGGCUGGCACUACUAUUCCGGGGUCUCUGGGUGAAAGGACAUUGGGCCACGAGGCUGGUGCGGGCAGCUCCACUGCUACGACUGAGAAUGCGCUCGCUGCACUGGCAGAAAAGAUCCUGGACCCGAACUAUAAGAAGCCAGGCACCAAGAAGAAGAAGCGGGCACGCACCGGUGCCGCCACUAAGGCUGGACCUGUCCCGAAGGGAGCACACAAGAAUGUGAAAGGUGAGCAAUAG